AUGUGUAUGCCUUUGCGCGCUGCCGCUCUCGCCGCCUGCCUGGCCGUCGGCUCGGCCCUCGUGAUCCCGCUCUCGGCAUCCAAGCCCGCCGACUCGCUCCAGGGUGUGAGGCUGCCUCGAGCCGGAGGCGGCGGGCACGUCGACCUCGGCGAGGCGCUGGCGUCUUCGGCCGGAAAGACUCUGCUGGUGCUGGGCACGUACCCUGCUGAUUUCAAUAUGGUCGAGUACAUGCAGCGGGUGCGCGUCUUCCUCCCAGACCUGCGUGCGAAGGGCGUGACGCGGUGCAUGAUGGUGGUCAACGGGCCGCCCGCUGCGUGCGAGAAGCUGGCGUCGCUCCUCGACCUCCCCGACGCCGUCGAGCUGUACGCAGACCCGGCCGGCGAGGCGGGCAGGCGCUUUGGCGUGAGCCGCGGCUUUCGGCCCGACGACUCCUCCCUGAGUGCGUUCGCCAAACUGUUCGUGAUGGGCAUCGUCGGCGGCCCGGGCGCGUGGGCGACGCUGCCGGCCGUGCUCGUCGGCUACUUUGGCAGCCCGGGCGGCAAGCGCAGGUGGAUCGAGGAGAGCCUCAAGCAGGGGCAGCUCGCGGGCCGCUGGCCAGACAGCGUGCUGCAGCUGGCCGACGAGGAGGUCGUCGCCAACGCCUUUGACGACACGCCGCUCGUCUCGUCGUGGGGCGUGCGGCCGUUCGAGCUCGCCACGCUGCGGCUCCAAAACUUGGUGAGCCUGCAGGCGAAGCACUGGGGCGCGCUCAAGCCCGCGGACGAGCGCUGCCUGACGCAGCUGGGCGGCUGCACGGUCGUGGGCAGUGGCGGGGAGUGCCUCUACUCUUGGGUGGACCGGGGGCUUUGCGACGUCGUGGACUUCGAGAGCAUGCUGGAGAGCUUAUGA